AUGUUUGACGAGAACCAAUAAUAGAUGAGGUACGCACUCAAUGUAAACAAAGCACCGGUCUGUCAACAUAUGGUUUUAGUCAAAGAGGUAAAUAUACCUCGUUGGUUUUAGUAUUUUAAUACACGUCGACGACCUGAAUCCACCGAAAACCCGAGUUAUACGCGACUGACCCACAGGAAGUCCUCCAAGUAAACAAACAUGGCGGAGUCGGCCAGGCGAGUCAGGGAGAAGACGUUCAGGUGGAAAUACAAAAGUGAAUCCGACGCUAAACGCGCAAGGAAAGAGAAAGAACGACUCAGACAGCUGUCGAGGAUAAAUAUCGGGAAUCAAGCGGGGCGGUGGAGCGCCAUAAAGACGGAGCUCGGCAUCAAAUCGCACGCGGCUUUUGCGAAACUUCUCCUGGACCGUUUUUUUCAGACUGAAUUAGAAAAGAAUCGAGGAACUCAGCAGGAACCUGAUCUGUGCUCUUCAACUGAGUCUUGUGAAAGCGUUCACUCAGAUGAUGAGUUUCUGACGAGUUCAUUCGCUGAAGAAGAACAGGAGAUGGCUCAGUCGCCCAUACCUGGACAGGAACUGGAGAACAAAACUGCUCCAAGUGAAAGUUUGACGAGUUCAGACGAGGCGACGACGGCCGAACUGUCAGAAAAUAACGAAAACAGAGUUAAAGAUGAGGAGGAUGAAGACUUCAGCUCCUCACUAAGUGGACAUUACCAGGUGGAUUUGAGAAGCUCGUCAGAGUUCGUGGUGGACGAACGCUGCAUCCUGCAGCUCUUCAGGUCUUGCCAGAAGUGUAACCGUCGCUGUAUGGUCAGGCAACGCGUGAGCGGGCUGAAGAUCGUCGUUAACCAAAUGUGCGGCUUCUGUUCGAGCCGCCUGGAGUGGACCAACCUGCCGGACGAGGAGGACCUCAGGAACGACAGCGACGCCGAGAGGAAAGCAGAAAGCACAGCGGCGCUGAGCAGGACCACGAGCUGAUGAAAGUCCCGAUGGGACUCAUGAACUCCUGCCGCUUCACUGCAAAACUGUGAACACGACGGCGCUUUGUGUUUAUUUUGACCUUUUUUGUUGUUUUUGUAUUGUUGCAUCAAAUUCGAAAAUGUUAUAAAUUGUUGUCCUUCACAACGGGUCACUGAGCGACAACAUUUGUGCAUUUAGCUGCAAUAUGAAAUAUGGAAGCUCUCAGCAGUAAUGUGUAAUGUUUUUAUUUACUGACAAAGUAUUCCUCUAAAUCAAUGGGGCACAAACUUCUUCCCCUGAGAGGGACGAAAUGAAAAACAGUGCUGCGGGCCACAUGUAAAAAUAUGAUACAUGAAGUAAAUACUUUGAGUAAAAUCUUUAAAUUUUUAUUUAAGCUAGCAGCCAGUGUGGUGGCCCACAUUUUUAUUUAUUUUUUUAACUUGAGCACUUGGAGAAAGUCUGACAAACGCUCAGGCAGCAAAGGCUCAUGAGACAUUAAUGAUAAAACAGGAGUAUUUAUUGUCUGUAAUCUACACAUGCUUAAAUGUAAUCUAAAUGUCUUUUGUAGUUAUUUAUAUUUAAUGUUUAAACUUAAUAUAAUUAAAAGAUAAAGCAUGAGAA